AAUCAUCAGAACCCUAAUUCCUGCUUCGGGUGUUUCCCCCUGAAACCCGUUCUCUGAUUUCUCAUGCGUAAUAGCAAGGUUUGUGGGGAUUUCUAGCAUGCUUUUGGAGGCUUCAAUUUUUAAGUUGUCCCUGUCAUAAUAGAGGAAGCAUACGAUGUUGUAAUGUAGUCUUUGGUUUGCUUAUUUAUUGAAGCAAUUUGACUUUGGUUCUCCUAAUUAGUGAUGGACUGUAAUAAGGAAGAGGCCUUGAGGGCCAAGGCAAUUGCUGAGAAGAAGAUGCAAAGCAAGGACUUUGUGGGGGCUCGUAAAAUAGCGUUGAAGGCCCAACAACUCUACUCUGAUGUUGAGAAUAUUUCUCAGAUGCUCAUGGUCUGUGACGUUCAUUGCUCCGCGGAGAAGAAACUAUUUGGGGGUGAGAUGGAUUGGUAUGGAAUUCUUCAACUUGAGAUGUCAGCGGAUGAGGCAACAAUUAAGAAGCAGUAUAGAAGGUUUGCGCUCCAACUUCAUCCUGAUAAAAACAAGUUUGCUGGUGCGGAAGGUGCUUUUAAGCUGAUUGGAGAAGCUCAGAGAAUACUUUUGGACAACGAAAAACGUAAGUUGCAUGAUUUUAGACGUGGGGGUGGGGUCCGACCUUCUAUGCAAUAUCGUCCCCAAGCUAAUGCCAAUUGGACCUCGAAUGUGGCUCGUAACACCAGCAGAAGCAACCCUUCAGGUGUGAAUUCCCAAAAUCAGCAGUCACGACAGCCAGCUCAGCCAGGAUACGCUGGUUCCCAACCAACCUUUUGGACUGCCUGCCCCUUUUGUUCGGUGAGGUACCAGUACUACAGAGAAGUUAUCAAUAGAUCUCUACGCUGUCAAAGUUGUAGUAGGCCCUUUGUAGCAUAUGAUGUGGAGGCACCAACAACAGCGGACUUUACUAGACCAGUAUUUCCCAACCAGAUGAACAAUGCUCAGAAUGUUGAAGCACAAUCCCAGAAAAAUUUUGGAACUGGGAAUCUCCGAGCAGAACCGGUUCAAAAUGCUGGCAAGAAUGUAGGCCGUUCAUCUACUGCUGGUACAGGAAAGGUGAAUCAAACGAGAGAAAAGAAGCGAGCUCGAGAUCAGUGUGAACUCUCCGGCUCUGAAAUCUCCGAUGAGAUUAGCUCUGAUUCUGAUUCUGAAGAAGACAUAGAGAUUGAUGAGAAUGGUGAUCUUCAGGGUGGACGGACCUCUGGUUAUUCCGGAGAGCAAAGUGUUCGCAGGUCUUCUCGCCAUAAGCAAAAGGUCUCAUAUACAGAAAAGUUUAGUGAUGAUGAGGAUGAUGACAACUUUGAGAAGAACCCUGUAGAAAAGGCAAAGAGGAAGAGAUCAUCCUUUUCCACUGGCGAGGAGAAUGGAAAAGCAUCUAAAGAAGAGUCUGCUAAGAUGAAAAAUCAGUCUUAUUUUUCUGCUAACAACAAAGAAGAUGAGAAAGAGGUUAAACAGAAAGAAGCUGAUGAAGAAUGCCUACAAAAUGGGGAAAAGAAUACGGAUUCAAGCUCUGAGGAUGCUCUGGAUUCAUUAUUCAGCUAUCCCGAUCCAGAUUUCAACGACUUUGACAAGGAUAGGAAAGCAGGGCUUUUUGAAGCAGGGCAGAUAUGGGCGGCUUAUGAUGAUUUGAAUGCCAUGCCCAGAUUCUAUGCUAGGAUCAAGAAGGUAUUAUCUCCUGGAUUCAAGGUGCAAAUGACCUGGUUAGAGCCGGACCCGGAUGAUGAGAAUGAGAUCAAAUGGCAAUCUGGGGAGUUGCCAUUUUCUUGUGGCAAGUUCAAGUGUGGCAAAACAGAAAAAACAGAUAAUCUUCCUAUGUUCUCUCAUCGAAUUGCUUGCGAGAAAGGCAUCGAUAGAGAUACUUUCUUGAUAUAUCCAAGAUUCGGGGAGACCUGGGCUCUAUUCAAGGACUGGGAUAUUAAAUGGAAUCGCGAUCCAGCUGCAUAUCGAGUGAAGGAGUGUGAAUAUGAAUUUGUUGAAAUCUUGUCAAAUUACACUAAGGGUGUUGGAAUACACGUUGCUUUGUUGAGAAAGGUGAAAGGGUUCGUGAGUCUUUUCUGUCGGACAGAGGAGGUCGGUAGGAAGACAUUUAUAGUUCCACCAGGUGAGUUAUUGAGGUUCUCCCACAUGAUUCCGUCCUAUAAAAUGAAAGGCAAUGAAAGAGAAGGAGUGGCAACAGGAUCUUUAGAACUUGAUCCUGCUUCUUUGCCAAUUAAGCUUCUUUCUUCUUCAGUGUUCGAUCCUGAAUCAAAACCCGACAUGAAGAGGAGCCAUUCACAGCCUCAGCAGAACAGUUAUGGCGUUCAUUCAGCUUUGACCCCAGAACCAAUGGAAGUUCCCGAACCUAUAUUUUACAACUUUGAUGCUGAUAAAGCAAAAGAAAAGUUUCAAGUUGGCCAGAUCUGGGCAUUAUACAGCGACGAAGAUGGCAUGCCAAAAUACUACGGUCAGAUAAAGAAAAUUGAUGUUUCCCCAGUUUUUGGAUUGCAUGUUUCAUGGCUGGGCUCUUGCUACCCAUCAGAGAACUUUAUUGGCUGGUCCAAUGGCAAGAUGCCAAUUGGUUGUGGUAAGUUUAAGCUUAAAAAGAGCGAGUAUCAGUCGUAUGAUAGCAGCGAUUCUUUUUCACAUCUGGUAAGAGCAGAGCCUGCAGGUAGAAAGAAUGAAUAUAACAUCCUUCCUAGGACAGGUGAAGUUUGGGCAUUGUAUAGGAAUUGGAGUGCUGACGUCAAAGAUUCUGACUUGAAAAACUGUGAAUAUGACAUAGUGGAGGUCCUCGUGGCAAAUGAUUUACAAACAGACGCGUUGGUUUUAUGUCGUGUGGACGGGUUUAACUCUGUUUUUAAGCCUCAAGUGCAAGAAGGAUCGACCAUCGGCAAGAGUAUUCCCCACACUGAGCUUCUCAAGUUCUCUCACCAGAUUCCUGCUUUCCGUCUGUCAGAAGAGAGAGGUGGCAAGCUUCGAGGCUGCUGGGAACUCGAUCCUGCUGCCAUGCCGGUUCAGAGAUCUUAG